AUGGCCUUCCACGUGGGACCGGGCGAUGCCGCCCAUCCAGUACGACGACCUCUUCAACUUCGACUUUCACAAUCUACUGCGACAUUAGCGUUAGCCGCUGCUUUUUUACCCACAGCGCUGGGUCACGAAGGACACCACAUGGAUAAGAUUCCAGAGGGGGAGGCCAUCUCCCUGGAUCCGAUAGACACGACGCUAUGGGUACACAUCUUCGUGCAGAUGCUUGCCUUUGGCAUUCUCUUCCCCGUCGGGAUGGUUCUCGGAAUCGUGAAAAGCCGGUGGCACGUCCCGGUGCAAAUCUUUAGCACUGCUCUCGCCGUACUCGGCUUCGCUCUCGGCUACUGGCACGGCGGCCGACAGUUCAACUCGAACAACGUACACGUCAAGGCUGCGACCCCGCUGUUCUUCCUCAUGGUAGCCCAAGUUGUGCUCGGUCUCUACUUGAAGCUGCACCUCGAAAGGGGAAUACACGGCCGCAUCCGGCCCGUCUUCCGAAUCCUGCACAGCAUCAACGGCAAGGCGUUCCCCGUCUAUGCGUGGGUGCAGAUGGUCUUUGGCGGCAUCACGGCCCUGGGCUUCUGCCAGGGCGACCAUAUCGGCCAGUGCCUGGCGCACUUCAUCAUGGGCGGUGCCUUCAUCGCCUACGGCGUGCUGCUCACCAUUCUUCUGCUUGUUGGCCAGAUCUGGCUCCGUCGUACGGGCCGCAGUCAGGAAUUCUUCGAUAGUGCCGUCAUCGCAGCCUGGGGUUGUGUCAACACCUUCACGGAACAUCGCUGGGGCACGGCCUGGGUCAGGAACGACUGGCAACACACGUCCAUGGGUAUCAUCUGGUGGAGUGCCGGUUUGGUGGGUGUGUGGCUCAGCAGGGACAGGCACGGCGCCCCCAAGCGCAACUUCAUCCCAGGCUUUGUUAUCCUCAUUACUGGCUGGGGUAUGUCCGCGCACCCCCAGGAGUUGAUGAUUAGCGCCAUGACCCAUAAGAUGUUUGGGUACACUUUGAUGGCAGCCGGCAUCACGCGUAUCAUUGAGGUGUCCUUCAUCCUCCGGGACAAGCCCGGUAUCUCGGAAGAUGGGACCGAGAUCAACAGCUUCCAGUUCAUCCCUGUCUUCCUUCUAUACGCCGCUGGUUUCCUCUUCAUGGGUGCUACCGAGGAGCAAAUGGCGCUUUUGGCUGCGUCGGGUAUGGACCAUGUCGCAUAUGUCCUGAUCCUCUACAGCCUGGCCUCACUUGUCUUCUUGUUCACCAUGGCGCUACUUCAGAUCUACGACCGCGCCAACCCGCUCCCCAAGCCAGUUGUAAACGGACACGCGGUGCGGGGCGAUGAUGCACGCCUGCGGGAUGUGAACGAAUUUGAGCUGGACGGACUGGUCAGCGACGAUGAGGACGAAGAGCGUGCUACGAGGCGGAAACUCCUACGGGAUGACGGGCUCGAGGAUGGGCCGGACACCCCAAGCACGGUGGCCAGCACCGUGGGGCGGAACAGUGACCGUGUUGCGUAA